AUGUAUGAGAAGCUGGAUACAAAAGAGGGGGGACACAUGGUGUAUAGAGUGGCUAAGCAGAGGGAUAGAGCAGCAAAGGAUGUACAACAAAUUAGGCUGUUAAAGAACGCUGAGGAUAAAGUGUUGAACAUUGAGGCGGUGCUGCAGAGAUGGAAAGACUACUUCGAAGGGCUGAUGAAUGUUGAGAACCCAAGGGAAGUGAAAGAGGAAGUAAUGGUUUCAGGAGUUACACAGGAUGAGAUGUUGAUGGAAAUGUACAGAGAGGGACAAAGGCAACUGGAUUGUGUGUUCAUAGAUCUGGAGAAGGCAUAUGAUAGACUAACAAGAGAGGGACUGUGGCACUGCAUACGGGAGUCGUCGAUAUCGGCAGUGUAUGUAAGGAUGGUACAAGAUAUGUAUAAUGUAUAUAUGACAGUAGUGAGAAGUGCAGUAGGUACUACAGAGGGGUUUAGGAUUGAGGUUGGAUUACACCAGGGGUCAACCCUGAGCCCGAUCUUGUUUGCUGUUAUCAUGGAUACGUUAACUGAUGGGCUUAGGAAAGGAGUGCCGUGGUAUCUGAUGUUUGCAGACGACAAUGAGUUAUGUAGCGAAAGUACAGGAGAAGUAGAAGAUCUGGAAAGAUGGAGACAUGGCAUGAACGUCAGCAGAAGGAAGACAGAGUAUCUCUGUGUAAAGGAGAAGGAAGGAGAUGGCAGAGGUAAGAUGCAAGGAAAAGAGAUCAAGAAAAUGAAUGAAUUUAAGUAUUUGGGUUCAACAGUAGUCUGUGAAGGAUCUAGCACUGCUGAAGUUAAAAGGAGAGUGCAGGCACGGUGGAAUGUGUGGAGAAAAGUGACGGGACAGGUGCGACAGGAACAUGCCAAUAGGAGUGUAGGGGAAAAUCUAUAG